AUGGCUUCCAAAAACUCCAUCAAUAAACCAAAGAAUAAGAUAAAUGCUUUCAGUCAUGCUAAGUCAUUAGCCAAGAAGAGAGCUGCUCGUGCUAAGUCUUUACCAAGUACCAGAUCAUCUCUUCAAGCAAGAUAUGCUGAUAAAGCCACUACAGCUAUUAGACCAACUGAUUCUAAAGCUGUUGCCUUAUAUACUGGAGAAUCUGCUCAACCUAUUGCUAAAAUGACUAAUACCACCUUAUCCAAUAAAAGAGCCAAAAAGAUUGCUAGAAAUCAAAAAUAUAUAGCCCAAAGAAAGCAAGCUGAAAGUGGAGAUUCUACAAUGGAAGUUGAAUCUAUACAACUGGUAGAAGUUAAACAAUCCAAUUUAGAUAAAGUCAAAGUACUUUUAUGGUCUGUGAUUGAAACCAAUUCAAAUGGUGAAUAUAAAGCUAAAGCAGAUGGUGAAGGUACUACUUUAGGUAUUCAAGCAUUUUAA